AUGGUGUUCUUCAGCCACAUGGAGAUGCUGUUCCUCAGCAUGAUCGCCGCCGUAACAAUCGCUGGCCUGCUGAUUGGCGCCGUGGAGCCUCAUCUGCCCGCCUUCCUGGCGCAGUCCUUCCGCUAUGGGAAGCACUCGCUCAAGGAGGGUCGCAAUGCGCUGGUGGCGCGUCUGGAAGUGCCCAAAUCCUCCUUCCGCCACUUCUACGUCUUCGCCCUGCUCUGGUCGGCGGCCGCUCUCUAUCUCGUGCUGCGCACCUGCGUGGCCGGGAAGCCAGCGCCAGAGGCGGUCAUCGCCUUCCUGGACUUGCUCUGCGGCAAGAGGAGAACCGAGAAGAGCAAUGCCCUCGAGACGCUCCUGGCCACUGUAUGCCUGUUUGCUCAGUGCAGCCGCCGCUUCUGGGAGACGCACUUCCUGCAGAUCUUCUCGCGCUCCAGUCGCAUCAACAUUGCACACUACCUCGUGGGCUACGUGCACUACUUCGGCGCCCUCGUGGUCAUCCUGGGCCAUGCGCAGGGCUUCGUCACGGCGUCCGCGAGCACCGUGACGCGCGAUCAGCUCUCCUGGCGCCUCUGGCUGGCCGGUGGCGCGUUUGCCUUCGCAUGGUGGCAACAGUGGCGCUCAAAUGUAAUCCUGGCGCGCCUUCGGAUGGACGCCAAGGGAAAUGUGGUGACAGAGAAGCACUUGAUGCCCAGCGGUGGAUUCUUCGACAUCGUCUCCUCGCCGCACAUGAUGUUCGAGUGCCUGAUGUACGCUUCGCUGGCGCCCCUCAUGCUGGGCAACACGGCGUGGCUGCUGGUCUGCAUCUGGGUGAUCGCGAAUCAGGCGCAAGUGGCGCACUUGACGCACAUCUGGUACAGGGAAACCUUCCCAGACUAUCCGAGACAGAGGCGAGCUCUCUUCCCGGGAAUCUUCUGAACACUGAGAGAGGAUUAAGAGUCUCGAUUUU